AUGAGUUGGUCGGAGGCACGAUGCCAUGUUGCGCUGGAGCAGCUCCUGGAGUCGAUGCGCCCUGGAGAGCCACACCCGCAAGCGACGCCACCUUCCAGCGCAUCCCAUUGCAAGUCUGUCUGUCACUUCAUUGAAGAGAGGCUAGAGCACGCACCUCUUUUCUGCAAGCUCCGGUCGUCAGCGCCCUGUGAUUCUCGCGAGCGAGCAAUGGAGCGCCACUCGAAGAAGCCUCUCCUCGCGCUCCUCGCGCUGUCCGGCCUUCUCCUCCUUCCCCUCGUCUCCUCCGUGCCCUUGUCAAGAAGCCUCCACCUGAGGAACCAGCAGCACCCGUCAUCUCUGAAGGUUACUCCCCAGGAGGUGGUGGUGGCGGCGGCGGCGCGGACGAACGUCGGCCGGGCGGCGGCGACGGUGGACGUGGAGGUGAACGACUACCCUGGGACCGGCCCCAACGGCCGCCACGACCCUCCGAAGAGUCCCGGAAGAGCCUGAGUCUAGCUGGGAAUGAAUAUAUGGUUGUAUGUAUGAUUUAAUCUGGCUCGUAUCUAAGUAAGUAAUUAAGUUGAGUCAGGCUAAGGAAAUACAAUAGAGUUUAUUCGGUUGGGUGUACGUACUCAGUUUAGUUAAGAAGAGAUUAUGUUUUAUUGUC